AUGCGGUUGAUGCAUGGUGUUUUGUUACGCAAUUCCCUUUUGCGAGGUGGUAACUCACUGGCUUUCCAGCUGAAACCCGUUACUAGACUAAAUGUCUUAGCGCCAAUUGCCCGGAAGCCCUUUUCCACUACCAACCUGGGUGCAUUUCACCAAAUAUGUAGUCAAAGAGCUCCUUCAAAGCCAAGUGUUGGAAGUAAACCCAAAAAUGACUCCAAAACCCCCACCGUUUCGGAGCUAAAAAUUAUGAAAGAUCUGUUUAGAUACAUCUGGCCACGAGGCGACAACAAAGUCAAAACCCGAGUGUUGAUCGCACUGGGCCUACUGAUUGGAUCGAAACUUCUCAAUGUUCAAGUGCCAUUUUUCUUCAAGGAAAUUGUGGACUCAAUGAAUGUAGAAUGGACAGAGGUCACAACAGUGGUACCUCUGACAAUAAGCGCCAUGAUCUUAUCGUAUGGUGCUGCGAGAUUUGGGUCCACGUUAUUUGGCGAAUUGCGGAAUGCUAUCUUUGCAACAGUCGCGCAGAAUGCCAUUACCAAAGUCUCCAUACAAACAUUUCAACAUCUAAUGAAAUUGGAUCUUGGAUGGCACCUGAGUAGACAAACAGGUGGACUUACUAGAGCAAUGGAUAGGGGUACGAAGGGUAUCUCAUACGUUUUGAGCGCGAUGGUAUUCCAUAUCAUACCCAUCACCGUCGAGAUCGGUGCCGUUUGUGGUAUACUGACUUAUCAGUUCGGAGGUUCUUUCGCCGCAAUGACAGUAACGACUAUGUUAGUGUACUCCUUAUUCACUUUCAAAACGACAGCCUGGAGAACCGAGUUUAGAAGAGCUGCAAACAGGGCAGAUAACAAGGGUGCUGCAAUUGCGGUCGACUCUUUGAUAAACUUUGAGGCUGUCAAGUAUUUUAACAACGAGAACUACUUAGCGUCGAAGUACCAUAAUUCAUUAACAAAUUACCGGGACUCUCAGAUUAAGGUUGCCCAGUCUUUGGCUUUUUUAAAUGCGGGCCAAAACUUCAUCUUUACGUCGGCCUUAACAGCCAUGAUGUAUAUGGGCUGUUCUGGUAUUGUCGACGGUUCAUUGUCAGUAGGCGACCUGGUCCUAAUCAACCAAUUGGUGUUUCAGCUGUCAGUGCCCUUGAACUUUCUGGGAAGUGUGUAUCGUGAACUAAAGCAAUCAUUGAUAGACAUGGAAUCCCUAUUUCAACUGCAAAGGAAUGAAAUUAAAGUACAAAACGUAAAAAGGCCAUUUUUUUUGCCCGAAAAGAAACCAUCUUCGAUUGUUUUUGAAAAUGUUUCCUUUGGUUAUGUUCCGGAGAGGCUAAUCUUGAAAAACGCGAGUUUUACCAUUCCCGCAGGUUGGAAAACUGCCAUUGUUGGUCCUUCCGGAAGUGGGAAAUCGACGAUAUUGAAACUCGUAUUUCGUUUCUAUGAUACUUUAGAAGGGAGGAUUCUUAUUGAUGGAAAGGAUGUACGUGAGCUAGACAUGGAAUCAUUGAGGCGAUCGAUCGGAGUGGUUCCGCAAGACACACCUUUGUUCAAUGAGUCUAUUUGGGAGAACGUUAGAUUUGGCCAGAUCAGCGCUACAGAGGGAGAAAUCUCCGAAGCUGUUGAGAAGGCUCAAUUGCAAGCGCUGAUAGACCAAUUACCGGAAGGCCGGAAUACAGUUGUUGGGGAACGCGGUCUGAUGAUCAGCGGCGGCGAGAAGCAACGAUUGGCAAUAGCAAGAGUUUUACUGAAGGACUCACCGAUAAUGUUUUUUGAUGAGGCCACCAGUGCAUUAGAUACACAUACCGAGCAAGCACUGCUGAGUACGAUCAAAAGGAAUUUUGUCACUGGUUCAAAGACAAGCGUCUACAUCGCUCACCGGCUAAGAACAAUAGCUGAUGCCGACAAGAUUAUUGUGUUGGAUAAGGGUCAUGUUAAAGAAGAAGGUAAACACUCAGAGCUAUUAGCGCGGCCUGAAUCUCUGUACAAAGAGUUGUGGAACAUCCAGGAAGAUCUCGACAUUUUAGAGGAACAGUUGCGCGAGGAGGAAAAUGGGGUGGGUGGCUCAGGAACAAACCAAGAACCUGACAAUAAGAACAAAUUGUGA